UCAUUCGAAGCAUACCCAAAUCAAGAACCUCUGAAUCAAUCGGUCCACGAUGACCGGCAGAAACCAAAUUAUUUGGCUCUGGAACCUUUUUCACAUGUCACGCCACCGCCCCUUUCCACGAUCGAUCGAUCAGCCCAUACUCUUCCCUUUUUCCCACCUCAACCAAUCGUCCACCGUCCAAUUCCCGCCAGGCUUCUUUCACCUUUAAAAAGCUUCAAGCAUGCCCCUACGGCAACGACCGCCUUGCUAGUCACCAAUCCAGUCCCCCCUUCCUCCUCGAAAACCCUCUCCCACCAUGACCUCCACGCUCAACGGCCAUGCGCCGAAAUCUCCGCUAUCCAUACAACGCCGCAUUGAACACCAUGAGGCCGACGUCGUUAUCGUCGGCGCCGGAAUUCUGGGCUGCGCACUCGCUGUUGCGCUGGGACGACAAGGCCGCAGCGUCAUCUUACUGGAACAGUCCAUGAAGGAGCCCGAUCGCAUUGUCGGCGAACUGCUCCAGCCCGGAGGUGUAAAUGCGCUGGAACGCCUGGGUUUGCGGGACUGUCUCGAUGACAUCGACGCGAUCGACGUGGACAGCUACUAUAUCACAUACUUUGGCGAACCGGUCAAAUUGUUCUACCCCAAGGAAACUCCGUCUUCCCCUCGGCCAAUUGGAAAAUCCUUCCACCAUGGCCGAUUCGUCAUGAAGCUGCGCCAGGCUGCGUUGGCUUGCGCCAACGUGACGGUGGUAGAGACCAAGGCUACGGGCCUAGUGACCUCAACGCAGGUCCAGGGACAGGUGCUGGGAGUUGAGUGCGUGACUCAGGAUCUGAAGGACUGCUACUUUGGCCAACUGACCGUCGUCGCGGACGGUUACGCCUCGAAAUUCCGCAAGGCACACCACCCACACACACCCAAAGUCCGCUCAAAGUUCUGGGGUCUUGAACUGAUCGAUGCGAAACUGCCCUCUCCGAACUCCGGCCACGUCCUCCUCAGCGAUAAGCCUCCCGUCCUCAUUUACCAGAUCGGUACCCACGAGACCCGAAUUCUCAUCGAUAUCCCCGAUAACCUCCCCUCGGCGUCGGUGAAGAACGGUGGUGUCAAGAGCCAUCUGCGGAACGUGGUCUUACCCUCUCUUCCCGAGGGAGUCAGGCCCUCGUUCGAGGCGGCUUUGGAUAAGGGUCAAUUACGCUCCAUGCCGAACUCCUUCCUGCCCGCGUCCACAAACAAGACUCCCGGGUUAUUGAUUCUGGGCGAUGCGUUGAACAUGCGACACCCAUUGACAGGUGGUGGAAUGACCGUUGCCCUCAACGAUGUCUGCUGCAUCCGCGAGUUGCUGAGCCCAGAGACUGUGCCAGAUUUGGGCAAUACCGCGCUGGUGCUAAAGCAACUCUCCCGCUUCCACUGGAUGCGCAAGAACUCCUCCUCCGUCAUCAAUAUUCUCGCUCAGGCCCUUUAUCAACUUUUCGCCGCUAAUGAUACCAACCUCCUCGCUCUCCAACGAGGUUGCUUCCGCUAUUUCCAAAUCGGUCCCGUGGACGGACCGGUCGGCCUCCUCGCAGGCCUAAUUAAGCGACCUUUCGUGCUCUUCCGUCACUUUUUCACCGUCGCCUUCCUCUCCAUCUGGGUUCUUUUCCGCGAAACCCCCUUCACACAACUGAUCCUGUUCCCAUUCCGAUCCUUCAUGGUCUUUUGGACAGCAUGUAUCGUGAUCUUCCCCUUCAUCUUCACGGAAAUCUGGAGCUAGUGUGUGGCCUAUUCAAGGGAAACACCCACCCGCUUAUCCAACCCCCAACCUCAUUGUCUAAUUACCCCCUCAUGAACUGAACAUAUUGCGUUUUGAUUUUUUGCAGCGGGCAUCUCUACUGUCCUAAUCUUGCAUUCUUGCCCCCUUGUUUACAUAUCAGUCUGGGUCAUGUUUAGAGCUUGUCAUCUGUCUAUGUAUUUUAAUCUCUCCCCGCCCGCUUUACUUACUCUGUGCAAAGACCAAAAGCGAUUCAGAGGGUUUUGUUGAUGGAUCCCUCCGGCCUGUCGGGUCUUUUAUUGGGCUGAUUCCAAUGCCGCCAUGUACUAUACCAAUAUCAAACGUUACACUCCCCACCUCCUUGUGCCUGUACUUUAACAGUGUAUAAAACCUAUAUUUAUUUUCGGGAC